CCUUCACCACCACCCCCCCGGCGCCCCUCGCGCACCACGACACGACCGCCUCCCCGCGCCCGCGCUGGCAGCAAACGCCCUCGCGCAUGGCCGCGCCCUUCCGCACGCGGCCCAAGCCCGACGGGCCGGCGUACGUCGUCAACAGCGACCCGCGGCGGCUCGACGCCGUGUACGCCAAGCUGCUGGGCGAAGCCGCACCGCUGAGCGACGAGGUCAAGUGGCUGGCCGUCACGCAUAAGAGCUUUGAUCACGGGCGGCGCGGGUUCAAUGAUCGGUUGGCGGUGCUGGGUCGUCGAGUGAUAUCCCUCCAAACCUCCCUUGCGCUGCUCAACUCGACCCCGAGUUCUACCCCAGCGGCGCCGGAUGCCUACAACCGCGUCCCCGUGGCGCACCCGGCGCUCGCGGGUCUUGGGGGGUUGACGGCGGAGACGAAGGCGGAGGUGCUGAGCAAGGCGCGCUUGGCGGGGCUGGCGGAGCGGUAUGGGCUGGAUAAGGUGACGCGGUGGAAGCCGAAGAAGACGGAUAAUCUCCACGGCUCUGGUAUCGAAGUUGUGAUUACGACGAGUCUGUAUGCGAUUGUGGGCGCGGUGGCGCUGGAGAAGGGGGGCCAUGUGGCGGAGCGGGUUGUGAGGGAGAAAAUCUUGACGCCGUUGGGGCUAUGAGGAAGGAUAGCGGUAGUGGAAAAUAGAGGGCGUAAACGGGGGGUAAUGCUGUAAAACAGAGGUGUACCAUAUCAAAACAGAGGGUAAAAGGGUAAAAGAAGCAGCAAGAGCGUGUCCACGGGCAGAGUCGUGGCACAGGCGUGUAGGCUGAUAGAAUUUCUUGUAAAUAUCAUAGACACGCAAGAAGAUCACCCAACAAAGAGGUUGACUCUUCAUCCGCAGCAUAGACGAAACGCACGUUGAAUGAGUGAAUGUACUCGUCUUUAUCGGGUCAUUCGUAUGUAUGUACAU